AUGUUUAUUGAUGGACUGGAUAAUGAGGACGAAGACAACGACUAUGAUUUGGAGACUAAUGAUUAUGUUGAAUAUAAUCCACUUUAUUUUUGGCAACAACAACAGACGCAGUUGAAGUCCUUACGGGACGGGACGGGACGAGGUCCUUACGGGACGAGACGAGACGGGACGGGACGGGACGACGUCCUUACGGGACGAGACGAGACGGGACGGGACGAGGUCCUUACGGGACGAGACGGGACGGGACGUCAAAAAAUCUUGUCCCGCGCACCUCUGUGA